AUGCCUCCGAAGCGUAUGACUGCCAAUCCGGUCAGGCCGGCACGCUAUCGACCCGGAAAAGCUGUUGCAGAAGAGCCGUCCUCCUCGGAGGAGGAGUCUGGAGUUGAAGAAGAACAAGAAGAGGAGUCAGAAAAGCCUACAAUACAAGCACCCCCCAAAGCAACAUCUUUCCCGAAAGAGGCGACAAAGAUUGCGAAUAAUCUCAAGAAUGUCGAUCUUAAUGAACGUCGGCGGGUUGCGGCUGCACAGGAAGCGGCCAGACUCGAAGCGGAAAAGGCCGAGCGCGCAAAACAAGAGGAAGGCUUUGUGACCGAAGAAAGUGAAGAGGAAGAAGAAGAAGGAAGUGAGGAAGAAGAAAGUGAAAGCGAGGAGGAGGAGAGCAGCAGUGAAGACGAAGCACCGCGUAAGCUUCUCAGACCUACUUUUAUCAAGAAAGACCAACGAAAACCCGCCAAUUCGGGCCCCGAUCUUAAAGCGGAAGAUGAGAAAUGGCAAGAAGAGGAAGAGAAGCGAAAGGCAAAGGCAGAUGAACUUGUCCAAGAGCAAUUAGAGAAAAACGCAGCAGCUCGCGCGGCAGGCAAGAAGAAUUGGGAUGAUGACGAGGACGGCGAACUCGAGCAAGUGGACGACACGGAUGGUGUGGAUCCAGAAAUGGAAUACGCUCAGUGGAAAAUUCGGGAGCUUGAGCGAGUUCGACGGGAUAGAGCAGCCAUUGAAGAAGCCGAGAAGGAGAGGGAGGAAAUCGAGAGACGUCGCAAUCUCAGCAAGGAGGAGCGCGAAGCUGAAGACCGGCAAUUCAUCGAGGCUCAGAAGGCCGAGAAAGAAGGAAAAGGCCAGAUGUCAUACAUGCAAAAAUACUUUCAUAAGGGAGCUUUCUUCAUGGACGAAGCAAAGGAUCAAGGACUGGAUCGAAGAGAUAUUAUGGGAAGCCGCAUCCAGGAUGAUGUCUCAAACCGCGAUCUGCUCCCUGAAUAUAUGCAAAUCAGGGAUAUGGCAAGACUCGGCAAGAAGGGUCGGACCAAAUACAAGGAUAUGAAGAGCGAGGAUACAGGUAGAUUUGGCGACUACGGUGACAGAGCGCGACGUGGAGGUUCCGGUGGUCGAGACGAGCGGUUCAUGUCAGACAGAGAACGGGAAAGAUUCGCGCCCACUGGAGCAAAUGCCAGUGAAGUAAAAGAGCGAAGAAGGGAAGAAGAUACACCGGAACGGUCAAGGUUCGGAAGAGAGGGCGAAUCUCGGCGGGAAUAUUCUCGGGGCGGUCGAGACACGUAUGUACCCGGACAUCGGGAUUCUCGAUACGAUGAGUCCGAAUCACGGUACAGCAGGAGAGACCGGAGGUCAAGAUCCUACUCAAGGUCACAAUCUCCCAGAAGAGAUCGCUAUGGGAGUGAAAGAGAUCGACGCAAACGCAGUGUUUCACCUGCGAAUGAGAGUUAUUCACAUGAGAAGCGGCGGCGAGUUGACACGAGGUAG